AAGUUAAAUUGCCACCAACCGCUGGGAAAUUCAGAAAUUAUUUAGCUUCAAACAGAGAGCGGGGAGGAAAUUAGUGGACUCAGACUUGGGCACAACACAUGGCGAAGAGAGGGAAGAAUACGGUGAAGAAGCACCAGGUCAUGCAGGUUCUUCCUGCAGGCGCGUGGGGUAUCAAGAGCAGCUUCCGAUCGCUUGUUGCCCUUCUCUUUGCCUUUCUAGUGGUUGCGGCUAUAUAUCUUAGACAAAGCAAUGAACAAGUCUUCCAGCAUGCGAAUGGGAGAACACAUGAUGCAAUUAGUUCAGGUGGCUGCAACUUGUUUUCAGGGAAGUGGGUGUAUGAUAAUAAAUCUUACCCUCUAUACAAAGAGCGAGAGUGCACGUUUAUGUCUGAUCAGUUAGCUUGUGAGAAAUUUGGAAGAAAGGACCUUAACUAUCAGUUUUGGAGAUGGCAACCUCAUCAGUGUGACCUCCCUAGGUUCAAUGCCACAGCACUGCUGGAGAGGCUUAGGAAUAAGAGGCUUGUUUUCGUCGGGGACUCACUCAACAGAAACCAAUGGAUCUCGAUGAUCUGCCUGGUGGAUUCAGCCAUCCCACCGGCCUUCAAAUCCAUGCAUAAUAAUGGUUCAAUAAAUGUUUUCAAGGCCAAGGAAUAUAAUGCAACAAUCGAAUUCUACUGGUCUCCAUUGCUGGUGGAAUCCAACUCCGACGAUCCAGUAAACCAUCGCGUACCAGACCGGAUUGUUAGAGUAGAGGCAAUUGAAAAGCAUGCUAGGCAUUGGACAGAUGCAGAUAUUCUUAUUUUCAAUACCUAUCUUUGGUGGAGAAGACGCCAAAUGAAGGUUUUGUGGGGAUCUUUUGAAAGCCCAGAGGAUGGGAUUUAUAAAACAGUAAAGUUGCCAAGAGUGUACGAGAUGGCCCUACAGACAUGGGCACGAUGGCUAGAGGUUCAUGUAAAUAGAAACAAGACUUUGCUGUUCUUUAUGAGCAUGUCACCAACUCAUGAAAUGGCUGACAAAUGGGGUGGGACCAGUGGUGAAAAUUGUUAUGGAGAAACAGAACCAGUUAUGAAAGAAGGAUAUGCGGGAGAUGGAGUGAGUCCAAGGAUGAUGCGUGCGGUGGAAAGUGUGCUUGGUGAACUGAAAACAAGAGGUUUGAACGUCCAGAUGAUCAACAUUACUCAGCUAUCAGAUUACAGGAAAGAAGGCCAUCCUUCAAUUUACAGAAAGCAUUGGGAAACAAUAACACAACAACAGUUAUCCAAUCCCAAAACUUUUUCAGAUUGCAUUCAUUGGUGCCUCCCCGGAGUACCUGAUUUGUGGAACCAGAUUCUCUACGCCUAUAUUCUUCAACUUAAUCCCAUUACAGAAUAAAAUCAUGUUACUGAAAGAUGGCUUACUUAGUUAAUUGACGUAACUGCAUGCAUGCAUGCAUGUUGAUUGAACUAAUGAGCUGACAGCAUUGCAUAAAAGAUGGUAAAAUUUUACCUUUUCUUAGUUUAAAUAUAUAGCAGCAUUGCAGUCCCGGAAAAUAAUUUACAUAAUAGUAAAAUUUUGCAAA